UUUAAUUUCAUAAACACAACCCCUUUGUAAGUCCCACCUAGCGUCGUCCGGCAUGCUGCGCACCGCCGCUAGACGCAUCAUCUCCCGAUCAAGCGUGUGUUGCCGGCGGUUCUCAAGCGACCUGGAGGCAAAUGCACCGGCAGAUGCUGCAUUUAUAGAAGCAUGGAAGAAGAUUGUUCCCAACAUUGACCCACCAAAAACACCCCUUGCUUUUAUUAAGCCCCGCCCACCAAACCCUUCUUCGAUUCCUUCUAAAUUGACUGUGAAUUUCGUUCUUCCCUAUUCCUCUGAGCUUGCUAGUAAAGAGGUUGAUAUGGUUAUUGUUCCCGCAACAACUGGACAGAUGGGUAUCCUUCCUGGACAUGUACCAACAAUCACAGAGCUGAAACCUGGUCUCAUGUCAGUGCAUGAAGGAAAUGAUGUGAAGAAGUAUUUUAUCAGCAGUGGCUUUGCAUUUGUCCAUGGGAAUUCCUAUGCAGAUAUACUUGCGGUUGAGGCUGUUCCACUCGAUCAGAUCGACUCAAAUCAGGUCCAGAAAGGGUUGGCAGAGUUCACCCAGAAGCUGAGCUCAGCCUCAACUGACUUGGAAAAAGCUGAAGCCCAGAUUGGAGUGGAUGUGCAUAGUGCCCUCAAUUCUGCGCUUUCAGGAUAGUGUGGCAAGUCCUCUAUGCUCCUUUUU